AUGACGAGCACACUCUCGUCCGAUGCGUUCGUAUUCGAGCGAAAUGCCGAGACGGGAAAGAUCCGAAUCAACGUUCCUGCUCGGUACUACCUUGUGCCAGGGGUAUGCUUUACCACCGGGCUCAUCCUCGGGCUUACGCGCGGAGCACGUCAAGCGUCGUUGCGGUUCUUGGCUGAGAACGCACACCGGAGACCUACGACGCUGCAAGGAUGGUAUUUCUACAAAAAGACCAAGAACUAUCGGGUGAUGUGGGGGGCAUUGAAGGGAGGCGGAGCGGUUGGGUUGAAGAUGGCAGGGUUUGGGGCACUGUGGGACUGGGGAGUGGAUUGCACAGGGACGGGAGAUGGUGCGGGUGUGGGGAGUGCUGGGCUGGUGCUUGCGGGAUACCGGCUGCCCCGACCGGUGUGGGGACAGGUAGUCGGAUUAGGAAUGCUAGGUGGAGGCGUGAUGUAUGGGGCGCGUCGGGGGCGGGAGUGGCUGGAGGAAGCAGAGGAUCAGUCAUGA